CCGACUCACAAAACCAUCAUCUAGACCAUUUUCUCCUUCUCUCCAUCCUCAGAAGAAUUUCAUUCUACGUGGCUAUCGCUAGAACUCCCCUAGUCAUUCCCUAUCCGCCUCUGCAUUUGCCUGUCACCGGUCGUGAAAAGCUACCCAAGACCAAACACCUGGGCCCCGCCUCUCACCACCACCACCGCCAAAAGCCCCCUUCUGCGUCUACUGGCCGCUCAACGUCCCUAGUCGCGAGACAUGGCCCCAAUCGACAUCAAUCUAUCUCUACCAGAUCGGCUGUUCAUGCAUUGAAGAGCCGUGGCCAUCAGCCGCCGGCCGUGACUGUCCCUCUCUUGACCCGCCGGUGAAGAUCAGGCACCGUUGUCGCCAGCCUGGUUUGCCUUGUUCCUGAGUGGCGGCCUUCUACAUACAGCCUCUGCCAAGACCUCUCACUGCCUCACCUCAACCACUCCUUCAUUCUCCGGUCAGUUUCGUAUUCACCGCUCUCCCUUUCUUGGUUGCGGAUCUGCCGCUCCUGCAGACUUCCAGAUGCGACUCUCGUAACAUGUCGUCCUCAAUGUCCGAUUCUUCCAUCCGCAACCGAAGCGAUUCAACCGAAGGUUCUGAGCUGCCUGAGCAUGAGCACAAGCGUCCAAGGCUGAGUGAUACCAAGCCUGAUGGGACGCAUGUCAUGUCGGAUUUACAGCAAGACAACGCCAGCCCCGCACUUUCUGUGCCAGUCGUCCUUGCAAACGGUGAUGAGGAAGGAGCUCUCGUCAAGACGCCACCGCUCCCUCCCAGAACUGUAGCCCCUCCAGCUCUCAUCUCCCCCACCAGCAAGGUUACCAUCAACACCCGCCCAUUGUCCUCUCAAUCAGUAACGCAGCCAACCACAGAGGCCGAACCAGCGGGAAUGCCAUCCAAUCUCUCACUUUCACAAACCCCCACGGUUUGUGGCGACUCCAAGGCUGACGCCAAUGCCGCACCUGCCCCCCAACAUCAUCCGACCGAGUCGGCGGAAAUCAUCUCGAUACCGUCCUCUCCGAGCAAGAGUCCUGAAAUUGAGAUUGCUGAGCCCGAAGACUUUGACCAGGAUCCGAACCAGACAAGGUGGACUGGUCGCGUCAGUGGUGGAAGCUCCUCUGCAUCUGUCCUGAGCUCUGUCUCACCCGGGUAUGUAAACCGUACAUUCCCUUUUUCUCAAGAAUGGGCACCAGGGAGCACUCAUAGGGUGAUUGCCCGCAUAUCGGAGAAUUUCCAACACGCUGGUGGCCAAAAUGGGGCGAUAUUCCGUCAAGUCAAGGAUUGGAUGAUCGAAUUUGUCUCCAUCUGUGAGGACUUCCCCGCGAUACUACUUGAAGAGGAGAAGGACUUCUGGCACCGACUGCCAGAUCUCAUCGAAGGGCUGCUACGACGAGAAGCAGGCCCGCCCCCUGGAGCCCGGACCGAAGAUCUCGUCGACUUCUUCGUCGCUUUUGCUCAAAUUGCCAAGCUCCUAAUGGAUUUCGACACCCGAAGACUACGCAUACUCCGCGAGGAUUCGGAACUUGGGGAUGUCAUGUCCCUCGGCUUGUUGUGUGCUAACUACCUACAACCUCUGACAUGGAUCCUCUCGGUCCGCAUUCCCUUCUACGACGCAUUGUGCCGUGCGCACGGUUUCGAUCGGACGCACUUUUACACACUUGUCAUCGAUCGCCUUGGAAACCCGUCGACAGUGUCCCUAUUGCCAUCUAUCUCUGCGCUUCUGUCUGAAAUAUGCGCUCUCAUACUCAAGCGAGCCGAUCUAUUUCGGCCUUUCCACAAUCUGCUCUCGGUGACCAAUUGCAUCAUGGCUCCCAUUUCCAACGUGUACAGUACCGAGACCAAUUUUGUCUAUGCGGCUUUCUCACAACUGGAUCACAUCCGCAACGGCGUUGCGGAAAUAAUAUUGCAAGCAGACAAUGCCAUCCAACAAGCCAUCGUAAAGCAAGCGGCAUGGCUCAAUCUAGAGACGGCGGGGAAAAUAAUUGACCUUCUGAAUCCGAUGGUGUCGACAAUUGCGGUCGAGAUUCCGCAGAUCGGCAAGGACAUUAUAUCUUCAGCUGGAGUUGGCUUCGCUGAUUCGGAUCUCACUGACCUCCCCAGCACAAUGCCAUACGCCUGGAAGUUCAAGACACUUCGGAAAUUCAUCACCAAUGGGCGAAUGGAACUUCGAGUUUCGGGCGUCGACAGCAUGUCAACUGAUCUUGUUCAGGUGUUCAAAGAGCACAUCAGCGGCCAGGCGCAGCCUGCAAUGUCUCAUCCGUUAGUAAGGUUCUUGGUCAAAUUCAUCAAAGAGAACCAGCUGGUGGACUAUAUUGUCGGCGUCGACUCUCACCCACAGUUAAUCCGCAGAGCUCAUAACGUGGUCGGAUUCCUCUGCGUCUCUGGGACUUACACGGACAACGACACAGACAAUAUCUGGAAAACCAUCGUCGAGAGCCAGGACCCACGAACUGUUCAUGAGGUCUUUAAUCUCCUUCAAAUGUGCUUCACUGUAUACGACCUGCAUGCACUUUACUACAUCUGCCGAAAACUGUCGGAUUAUCCCAUUCAGCGCUUCGAUCUGCACGUCUUGCAGUUCACUACACUCCUGUUUGACAACCUCAGAACCAAGACCGGCAUAUCACCUCUGCAUCUUGCAGUUGCCACGGAUCCAAUCACGCGGAAGCUAUGCAUACGACUUCUGCGAGAAGCCUCGAUGGAGGAGAAUGCAUCUCUUGAACAAGCUCCACUGAUACGGCGAGACUUUGCACAACAUCUGACUAGUGUUCUGUCUCUGGGUCGCGCCGAACUCACUUUUGCUACGAUUGACGAGGAAGAGAGGAAUCAGAUCAUGUCCGAGGCUGCUUCGAACCUCGAAGCCCAUACCGAAUAUGCCUCUGGCGAUCUUCAAGUGUUGAACUGCUUACUACCGAUGUUGGGAGGAGACGGGGUCGCCCAAGCAACCGAAAAGUUCGACCUGUUGGCACUGCUCAUCGCCGAUUUUGCAUAUUUGCGGGAUCAAUUCGACCUGAUGGUCGCACGCAGUGUGCCCGUCAAAUCAAUCGAGGCAAUGUAUGAGGUGCGAUCCGCAUGCCUGUAUUACUUCAUUCUCUAUGUGCCCGAAGUCUUCACCGCAGAUCUCGUUCAGGUCCUUUGGACGUCCUUCUAUUCGUUCUCACGACUCCCCACCUCCGUUAGGGCUCGCGCGUGGGAGACGUUGACCCAUGCAUUGAGAAUCAAGCAGAACAAGGACGAGAACAUUCUCGUGGACUUGAUAAUUGAGAAGCACUUGCCGACUCUCCCUCCCCAAGACUACAAUGAACAAGUCCUAGAGUUCAUCAGGGUAUCGAUUUUGUACACCAUCAAACGCACCACGGCAAAUAUCCCUGACACCGAGGAAGUCAUUGUAGUACCUGGGAUCGAAAGAAUGUGGAAAGUCAUGUUGGAUGCGCCUCCAAACACCGUUGAGAAUCAAGCAACUGACUUCAUCAUCCGGACGUACUUGGAUAACAACCUUGUCACCCGAAGGUCGAAAGAGGUAAUCGAUGCGACCCAUGCUUCUCUCGUGGACCGUUCAGUGCAACAAGUUAUGGCAUCUGCAUCCAAGCUAAAGUCAUACACGGAUGGGACCAUGAGUGGCGAAGAUGAGCCUAUGGUAAUUAUUGCCUCUGAGGACGAAAUACGUGCCGAGGAACUGCGUUUUGACCGGUCUUUACUGUUCCUCCGGAAAUUUCUCGAAGGCAUGAAAUUACGGCCACGAUACAGUCCAGUUCCCGACCAGCAGAUCCACGGGCUGGCGGAAUUUCCGGGCAAGAAGGGAGAGAUCGUAGAACUCAAGAUUCAGAUCAUGGCAAGCAAGUAUAUUACCGACAAGGUGCAAAAUAUUACUAUCGGUUCUGAGAACACUUGCGACGAACUGCACAAGUAUCUUUGUGAGGCGAGUGGCUUCACUCAGUUCUCGGUGUUCAAUAUGGGGCAAAAGGUUUUGCUUGCCGGACAAUCGACGACUAUCGCAGAGUCGAAAGUAGCCUCUGGCCUCCUGAUUGUUCAUAAAACGUUGAAUACGCCUGAGAGCCCGCCAACCCGCGCCACUCGCGCCACCUCACCCGUUGACAACAAAAUUAUGCACCACUUCGAUGACCUUUACGAGCUGCUUGAUGCUGACGAGCGCCUGUCGAGAGAGGUCUACACAUUCCUCAGCCUCUUUUCUGCACAAACUGAACUCGUCCGAGUUGUACGAUCAAGAGACAGGUCGCCAACGGAGCUUCUGCCUCCCGGAAAACCUUUCAAGCUCUUGUAUUGCGCCAGGGCUUUCCGGUCCUGCAUUGAGGAUGAGUCUUUCAGCUCUAACCCAGAUUCUCAGUUUCUCAUCUACAGCAUUCGAACCAUUGUGCAAGUCCUACCAAAGCUAGAUUUGAAUAACCCAUCGGAUGGGCUCCAGAUGUCGAUUGCACACAGCUUGAUGGAAGCACUUCUUCUUGCAUUCCGGGCCAAGGUACCCGCGGAAACAUCGAGCGAAUACAUCGUGGGCCACCCAGAAUUCGCAGUGCAAGCCUCAAGGUUGCUACGCUUUGCCUUAGAGAGCCAAAACACCAAUAUGGACGAGAUUUCAUCCUCAGCCAUGGUGAAAUUAGUCUUGGAAACUUUCAUCGAAGCGUGCCUACACGAUGAGCGAGUUUGGGCCUAUGUGGAUGCCGAAGCUGACUUCAAGGAUCUGAUCGUCACCGCUUUCGUUGAAGAUUCUCGAGUUGAUGUACGGCAUUCACUGCUCGAGGUUGUGGUCGGUCUGACUGGAGCUGUUGGAACGAAGUUGUACCUCAAAAUCAACAACCCGAGAGCACCGCGUUCGCGCUUUCCACCCGCUUCCAUUGAAACUUGUCUCUCUCAUUUGUGGAACGCUCUGGCGGACAUCUUACCUCAAGCCUGUUUUCAACAUGAGCGGUGCGCCGAAGUCUGCGAGACGAUGCUUGCUAUCCUAAGGAGGAUAGGCAAGUCCUUUCCUCUUGGGACUGUCAAGGAAUACUUUGACCAGUGGAUCUCUAUCCUCCUGAAACACGAACACGUCGAGGUUGUUGGUCAACCCCUAAGGGAUCACGUGGUUGCCUGUCUUACCAAGCUGCUCCUCGAAAGCUGCAAACUGCUGAAGGCGUCAAAUGCACUUCCUCUUGGCAAUCGGAUCAUUGAACAGAUCAUUACAUUAUUCUUGUUUCCGCCUCUCUCUGAAGAUGGGGCUGGGAUAGCUGAGAACUCGAGAUUGCCGGUCCUGGACAGUACCGUUCGGGAAAGCCUAUACAACCUCAUUCUCGCCCUGUGUCAAGGCCCGCAAGAGCUCGUAACAGUUGUCACCAAGUUAGGUGACGACUUACUACCUCCCGACUUUUUCGAACCCAUGUAUUCACAUGACCGGCAGAACCUCCGCACAGAUGUCGGCUACGCUGGACUACGAAAUCUUUCGAACACUUGCUACCUCAACUCAUUAUUUUCCCAACUCUUCAUGAACGUGCAAUUCCGAGAGUUCUUUCUGAACAUGCUAACCUCGGACGAAACGAACCAGAAACUCGUCCUUGAACUCGCAAAGGUCUUUGCAUACAUGCAAAAUUCCUAUGAAAAGUCUAUUGAUCCCUCGAUGGCGGUUGAAGCAAUAACGACUUACGAAGGCGAGCAAAUUGACGUAUCGGUCCAGAUGGAUGUUGACGAGUUCUUCAAUUUGCUCUUUGACCGCCUUGAGGGGCAGAUUGAUUCUUCUGCCCGGGCAGCAUUCAAGUCAAUGUACGGCGGACAAUUGGUUCAGCAAGUCAAGUCGAAGGAGUGCGACCACAUUUCCGAACGACUGGAGCCUUUUUCCGCUGUUCAGGUAGAAAUCAAAGGCAAAGUCCGGCUGGAAGACAGCCUUCGUGCCUAUGUCGAGGGAGAAGUUCUUCAAGGCGAAAACAAAUAUUCUUGCACCUCGUGCGGACGUCACGUUGAUGCGGUGAAGCGAGCCUGCCUGAAAGACGUGCCAGACAAUCUGAUAUUCAACCUCAAGCGGUUCGACUACGACAUCAUGACUGGGAUGCGGACAAAGGUUAAUGACGAGUUCCAGUUUCCUGACACGCUUGAUAUCGCACCAUAUACUCUCGCAAGGCUCAGUGAUGAGCAGCAAUUGGGAGAGCCGGACUACUUCCAGCUUACCGGUGUCAUUGUCCACUCUGGUACGGCAGAUUCUGGUCAUUACUAUUCAUUCAUCCGUCAGCGACCGUCGGCGAAACCUGUUCACGAGUCAUGGGUCCAGUUCAAUGACCAAGACGUUGGCGUCUUCGAUACCAAUCAGAUGCGCGACAACUGCUUUGGAGGGACCUCAGAAGCUGGCUUCUAUCAUCUGCCCAAAUUUUACAGCGCUUACAUGCUGUUCUAUCAGAGGACGUCGAGUAUUCGCCAGGUCGAGGAGCAGUAUCGUUGCCACGACACAAUCAAUCCUGUCCGCAUCCCGUUGCCGCAUGGACUGGAGCAACACAUUGCUCAACAAAAUGAGUUGUUCCUGCGUUCUUACUGUGCCCAAGAUCCUUCACAUGCGCAAUUCGUCUACAAACUUCUCGAACGCAUGCCGCAGGGCAUGGACCAAUGCAGCGCAGAUCACAUACUCGAAUCCGCCGUGAUUGAAAUGGUCUUGGACUAUUUGCGGACUAUAUCCUGUCGGUUCAAGGAACAACCAUUCUUUGAAGAGACUAUUGGCGUUCUUCUCACUUCCAUGCAUCAGUGCCAAGAGUGCACCAGAACGAUAGCUCACUGGUUUCACAACACACGGGUGCUUGAAGAUGUGGUCGUCCGUAGCCCGUACCAGACGGUCCGAAAGUCGUUUGCCAACCUAUUCUGUGUCACUUUUACUCGGCUUCGCUCGCUGAAGAAAGAGUUAGCAGAUGGUGGACCACCGAGCAAGUUGGAGAGGGAGUACGCGGAGUGGCUUCAGGAGUGUCUCAAGCAGCUAUCUCGAUUGUGGGACGUGGUAGCCAAAACAAGUCGUUGUUGGGCUGACUACUUCGGCCUCUUGUACACCAUACAUCGGAUGGGUGACGAGGAAACCAUGUGGGUUCUCGAAGAAAAUUACCUGGAAAAGUGCGUCGAUAUCAUCAUGAUGCACCUGAAUAAUCCAGCCGAGUUCCCAUUGUCCAGGAGGCUCAAGACACGAUACGCCGCGUACUUGAGUGCUCGAGAGAGGAAUCGGCCGUUCAACCACCCGGUGCUCAUCCGCCUCUUUGUCGGUCUCCUCCUGAGAAUCGACUUCCACCUAACGCCAACCAAGGAAUUUCGCCAAUAUGACAAAAAAAUCGGCUUGACUGUGCCUGAGAGGGAACUUCUCGGGUUUGAUAAGAUUCCUGCCAACUUCGAAUGGUUCAGACGUUUGAUUGCAGGACGGCAAAAUUCAGCAAUGGUGGACAGUCUCAUAGAAGCGUUCUCGGCAGACCGAAGACUCGCUGGCGCUCUCUCCAUCGUACUGGUGAAUGGACUGAAUGACCGGAGUAUCAAUAUAGCCAGCAGCUUCCUUCGACCAGUCGUGACCUUCUGCGAGUUCUGCGACUCAGAGAAUCAGAUAUACGAUCUUGUUCAACCCGCCCUGGAGAGCAUCGCAACGGUGGGUGUUGAAUAUGGCCGGGAGUAUUUUGAGUUUGUGGACGCCUUGUUGAAGGUGGAAAAUGCCCACCUCAACCUUGCGACGGGUUUCUUGGAGGACCUGCUACUGCAAACAGUGCAUCAAUGGGCACCAACGCUAUUGCUCACACCCAAUGAAGGUCAAUUCAACGUCCGUCUCGGGACGGUGGACGUGCUGAAGAGGAUCCUGUUCACCCCUCUACAAGAGCUUGCUCUCCAAGAUCCUCACCUUUACUCGACGCUGGUCACGGCGGUGCACGAGUUGGCAACUAGCUGCUCCCACUUUGUGCAGACCACCUUCUUAAAUCCACGUAGCCGAGAGAGCAACACGCUCCAGCCCGGCCAAGUCAGUCAAUUGAUCGAUGUGGUGGAACAUUGCCUGACUUACUUUGAACUCGAGAAUCCCAUCCACGAGGAGAAGAUGAGUGAAAUCCAGAACAUCAUGGGUGCGUUGAGGGCCAAAGCCGAGACAGCGGUUGAGACUUUGAGUUCGGCUGAUUGGCAGGACGGGAGCAGUGAACUGGCCGAAUUGAGUGCUGAGGACUAUGAGGAUCCGCUUAGCCCGUGAAAUCCUUCGUGCAAAACACCGUUGGGCAUGCGUGGGUUCCACGGGCAACCAGCGUUGGCUCUGGCGCAACUUUUCGGCGUCAUUGAUUGGAAGAGUCUUUCAGAGAUACUUUGGGCGUGCAGGCAGGGCGUCGAUGGAUUGAUCUGGGAUAGCGAAAUGGUAAUGCUUCAUGAGACCCAACAGACGGGAUGUCAAUGACGAAGAUGACGGAUAAUGAAAAAAGCGAGCAAUCGUGCUUGAAGUAUCGAGCUGGCGUAUCGACCAAAAUGGUGACAGUGGACAUGGCAGGCGUCGUUGCCGUGGGCUAUUUCCUUGCAGUCGAUCAUAUAUUUCGGAGAUGGAAGGAGUCUCUGCAACUCAUACGUGACGCCGUGAUUUUAUCCAGGGCUUCGAGCGGUCGCGAAGAUGGUUCUGGAUUGGGGGCAGCUUAGGUGACAACUGGUGUGGCGCGAUUAAAACACACGGUGAUGGAACAAAAGAGCCCUUGGAAGCCGUGCCAGCCGAUCUGAUGGGGGGGAUUGCUGCGAGCUGUUUUGAGGGGCGAAUGGAUAUGAAGAGCAAGCAACAGACUGGGUUCGUUUUAGCAUCUUCACUGGGCUCGAGAAGCCCAAAGGGGAAAGUGGUCUUUACACCUGAGCGUCAUCCUCAGCCCUUUGUUUCGAUUUCUCUAUCAAGAUCCGGGAUGGGAGGGAAAGACGGGGCGGGAUAGUCGGUUUGACAUUCAUUCAUUCGGGGUCCCUUGGUACUGUCAUGACUUUAAUGAGAUCAAAUGAUGAGCCACG